GUUAAGUCUUAUUUAAAUUAAUAAAUCAACUGUAAUUAAACUAAUGUCUGUACGUUUAUAACUGAUAGGUUAUCUUGUUAAAUCAUUGCUGAUUUAGCAAAAAUGGAUGAUAAAAAGGGAGCUUUGUUUGUUUGUUUAGGCAACACCUGUCGGUCACCAAUAGCUGAAGGUUUGUUCAGACAUUUAGUUGAACAGAGGGGCCUGACCAACAAAUGGAGAAUUGACAGUGCUGGUUUGGCUGAUUGGAAUAUUGGUUGUCUUCCAGAGCCAAGAGCCAGACAAGUUAUGCAUAAAUACAACAUUAAAUAUGAUAACACGGCUAGACAGAUCGAGGAUGAGGACUUUUUCGAGUACGACUACAUUUUCGGCAUGGACGAGAAUAAUAUUUCGAAUUUAAAGGGCCAAAAGCCACAGGGGAGCAAGGCGGAAAUAUUGCUUUUGGGCGACUUCGAUCCCACAGGCGACAGGAUCAUUCGUGAUCCUUACUAUGACAACGACAGCAAAGGUUUCGAAAAAUGCUACGAACAAUGUUUGAGGGCAUGUAACGCAUUUUUAGACAAAUAUGCAGCUUAAAUAAUACUAUGGGUUAAUUGAUUAUUUCUUCUUUCACUUCCAAGGAAAUUAAAACUGGUAUAUAAUAAUAAUAUUUAAUGUAAUUUGAUUUAGCAAUUAAUAGGAAAUGCUCGAAAUGUAUUUUUGUAGAGAAAAUAUAUUAUACAGAAUUAAAAACAUGGUUACA